UCUAUCUUGUCUUUCAUUUGGAUCCCAUCUACCAGGACUAAAUCUGCUUCAGUCUUUACGACCCCCCUCAGGCCGAGCCUUCCAUCGCCCGCCCCGUCUAUCCGCCACGAUGGAUCCUCGGAGAAGAAAUAAUCAGCCUCCACAGCAAUCUUACCCGCCCAAUCCCUCUGGAUACAACAACCGCGGACCUCCUCCAUCCCAAGAUCGCUACGGGUCCUCCUACAAUGAGUCCAGGUCAUAUCCACCCCAAAAUGGGGGCUACGACACACCCCCACAGAGCUACAGAGGUCCUCCGCCACAGACCCAACCGGCUUACGGAGGAGCAGGAGGUGGAGGCUAUCCUGGCAAUGCUCGCGAUGGCAACUAUCCCCCAAACAUGCCCAAUUUCCCUCCCAGAGAUACGGCAGAAGGAGGAUUUCGACCUCAUGAUCCCCGGUCACGGUACUCUGGUGCUCAGGCCAGCUACAACACCCCCACUCCGCCUCCUGGUCAGACGCCGCCCCAUGUAGGCUAUGGGACGCCUCCCACGGCGGCUGGCGCUCUGGCUCCUCAAAGGGCUGGGACGGGGACACCGCUGUCGAAUGGGGUAAAGGAGGAGGCUAUGGAGGAAAGUACGCCUGGGGGCAUGAGACGGCCAUUGUUUUGUGUUGUCUGCGCUAGUAAUAAUAAUCGUUCGAUGGAAGCACACCACGUACUUAGUCAAAACUCGUUCCGAGUGAUAUCGGCGGGCACUGGUUCCGCCGUCCGUCUCCCCGGCCCCUCCAUCGACCGUCCCAACGUUUACCGCUUUGGUACUCCUUACGACACGAUCUACAAUGACCUCAUGUCCCAAGAUCCUGCUCUCUACACUCGCAAUGGCAUUUUGCCCAUGCUGGACCGGAAUAGAAAGGUGAAGAGGGCACCAGAGAAAUGGCAGGAGCUUAGGAGGGUGGGGGCGGAUGUGGUGAUAACGUGUGAGGAGCGGUGCUUCGAUGCCGUCUGUGAAGGUGUUUGGCCACUCUCAGAAACAAAGACAGGAGGCUGACCUGACAUAGAUCUUUUACAAAGAGGUGGUGAAUACAACCGCCCAAUUCACAUAAUAAACGUCGAAAUCAAAGACAACCCCGAAGAAGCUCUCAUCGCCGGAAAAUCUAUACUCGAUCUCGCUAGAGCUGUACGUAUUGGGCUUUCACCUUGAGGUGAUUGGGUGCUGAAGGCAGACGCAGAUUGAAGCAUCAAAAGACGUGGACGCCGAUAUUGACCAUAUUCUCAACGUCCAGGCCGAUAAACACCCGCAUACCCUCUUGCACACUGUGGCAUUCUACUAGUACCCCUUUGAAUGAUACCCAUCACUGUACUUUUAUACCCUUCUAUUGCAUACUCUGGGCGUUUGGUAUCUGCGACCUGUCAAGUGUUGGAGAGGCGAGACGAGGAAAUGUACAGUGCAACGCGGACAGUAUAAGGGCAUGCAGCAUGACUGUGUAAUGAAUUAUAUUCGCGAGUG